AUGUCCUACGCAACCCGCCAGCUGUUCUGGGACGGCAAGCCGCAGCCUGCCUCGUCCGGUCAGACCUUCCAGAGCAUUGACCCCUCCACCAACCAGCCCAUUGCCACCAUCCAGCAGGCCGCCCAUGCCGACAUUGACGCCGCCGUGGCCUCUGCCCAGAGUGCCUUUGCUUCCUGGGCCUCCACCCCGCCCAUCCAACGUGCCCGCAUCCUCCUGAAGGCUGUGCAGCUUCUCCGCGACCGCAACGACGACAUUGCCCGCCAGGAGACUCACGACACCGGCAAGGCUUACAGCGAGACCAGCACCGUCGACGUCAUCACCGGCGCCGAUGUGCUCGAAUACUUUGCCAACAUGGUGGCCGGCGGCGGGCUGAACGGCGAGACCGUCCGCCUGCGCGACGAUGCCUGGGUCUACACCAGCAAGGACCCCGUCGGCGUGUGUGCAGGCAUUGGCGCCUGGAACUACCCCAUUCAGAUUGCCCUCUGGAAGUCGGCUCCCUGUCUCGCGGCCGGCAACACCAUGGUAUACAAGCCUUCUGAAUUCACCCCGCUGCACGGCGAGACUCUUGCUCAGAUCUACACCGAGGCCGGCGUUCCUCCGGGCGUCUUCAACAUUGUCCAGGGCGCCGGUGAUGUUGGCGCUUACCUCACCGCCCACCCGGGCAUCUCCAAGGUCUCCUUCACCGGCCAAGUCAGCACCGGCCAGAAGGUGGCUGCUUCUGCUGCUGGCGGCAUGAAGUACGUAACCAUGGAGCUCGGCGGCAAGUCUCCGUGCAUCAUUCUGCCCGACUGCGACGUUGAGGCUGCUGUCGACGGUGCGAUGAUGGCCAACUUCUUCAGCACCGGCCAGGUCUGCACCAAUGGCACCCGCGUCUUCGUCCCGGAGUCCAUGCUCCCUGCUUUCGAGAAGACGCUCCUGGAGAAGAUCCAGUACGUUCGUCCCGGCGACCUCUUCGACAUGAACACGAACUUCGGCCCGCUCGUCAGCGAGGUCCACUACAAGAAGGUCAUCUCCUACAUCAAGCACGGGCAGGAGGUCGACAAGGCCAAGCUCCUCUGCGGUGGUCCCGACGCGCCCCAGAACCUGCCCGAGAACCUCAAGAACGGCUUCUGGGUCCAGCCUACCGUCUUCACUAACUGCACUGACGACAUGAAGAUUGUCAAGGAAGAGAUCUUCGGUCCCGUCAUGAGCAUCCUCACCUACAAGACCGUCGACGAGGUCGUGCGCCGCGCCAACGACACCCCGCUUGGUCUUGCCGCUGGUGUUUUCACCAAGGACAUUAACACGGCGCACAAGGUCAUCCAGCAACUCCAGGCCGGUAUCACCUGGAUCAACACCUGGGGCGAGAGCCCGGCCGAGAUGAGCGUCGGUGGCUGGAAGAGCAGCGGUGUUGGCGUUGAGAACGGCCGCAAGGGUCUUGAGGCCUGGGUCAAGAACAAGAGCACUCUGGUCGAUAUGAGCGGCCAGGUUCCUACCGUCUUCUCCAAGUUGUAA